AUGAGCCAGGGCCAUACAGUAUCACGGAAGCGCAUUAAGCUCGAAGACGAAAGCGACAGCGAUAAUGACAAGAAACACGUCGACGCGAUUCAAGCUCCCGAACUACAAUAUGGCCCAAUUCCUAGCAACGAAGAGCUGAUGAAUCGCCAAAGACAGCAGAGCCACGUUGGUCCAAUGCUGGCGCCUGCGCCUAUGUACUACGGCGCGCCUCCGCCACUUCCAGGACCUAUGUACUAUGCUGCUCCUCCAGGCCCAAUGUAUAUACCGCCGCCGCCGAUGAUGCCACCGCCAAUGCCUGCGUAUCUCUCGUAUGAGCCGCCGCCGCCGAUGGUUCCAUCCGAAACAAUGGCUGCGGCCUUGAAUCCGGAUGCACUGCCAGCUCUUGUACUCAAGAUAGCAUACCGAGACCCCACUGGCACCGCUCGAAUACUACUCACAAGUGCCUACAACUCCCACGGCCACGCCGAGGCUGUAGCCCAGCGUAAGACACAACAUGAAGUCCUUGAUUUCGACCAGUACAGUAAAGAUGCCUGGCACACUCUCAACACUAGCCACUACACGAACCUCAAAAGUAAGCAAGCGCAUGCCGACACGUCUUUCGGCACGAAACUGAGUGCACUAGAGACAUUGCGCAAGAUUGGUAAGACCAUCGUGCUCUCGAGUGGAGACUGCUUGCAAUCGGAGGUCAGGAAGCAGUUCCAAGGUGACUCGUGUCUACCGGACACGAUGAAGGGGAUCUUGGACUCCAUGGAAGAGGAGGAGUGUCUGCAGGCUGGAGAGAAUGUGCUGGAUGUUGGAAAAGGAGAACUACUGGAUAAGGCUGAGUGGUUGGCCCGACAGUGGAAGAGUUACUGCUUAGCUGGCGAGGAGAGCUUUGAUGAUGUGCUUGAGGCACUUGGAUACGACAAUGUCACGAGCGAAGAGGACUCAGACUAA